AUGAAACUUGAAGUUUGCAAUUAUAGCGGGUUUAAAAUAUAUCCCGGUCACGGUAAACGUGUUGUUAAAAUCGAUGGCAAAGUACAUAUCUACUUGAAUCGUAAAUGUCAACGAGCAGCAGAUAUGCGACGAAAUCCUCGUCGUGUUACAUGGACUCUUUACUAUCGACGAAAACACAGAAAAGGUGCUGCUGAACAACAAACUAAAACACGUACACGUCGUAAUGUUAAAUUUCAACGUGCUAUCGCCGGCGUUACAUGGAACGAAAUUCUUGCUAAACGCAACCAACAACCUGAAUUUCGAAAGGCUCAACGACAAGAUGCCAUCAAUGCGGCUAAACAAGCCAAGAAAGUUAAAACUCAACAGAAAAAAGUUGCACAAGCAGCUAAUGUUAAAGCUGGUAAACCAGUUAAGAAGCAAGAAAAAAUUCAAAAGAAUGUACCAAAAACUGGCCCAAAAAAGGGUACUCAACGUUAA